AUGAGAGGUUAUCUCUCUGUGCACGUGGGAACGUACCUCUCCUGUGGCACGCGGUUGCCUGAGCCCAGGAUAGAAAGGGUCAUUCAGCCGAUCAGAGAGGACUGCUGGGUAGGCAUGACACCGAGCAGGUUUAUCUAUCCACAUGAGAGGAUAGAAAGGGUCCUUGAGCAGAGCCUGGUUGUUGGUGCCCACGUCGAUGGUCACCGGCAGACACUGCCAUGUGUGUUGGGUGGGAGGCAAGGGAGGGAUGGGAGGGAUGGGAGGGAUGGAUGGAUGGGAGGGAUGGGAGGGAUGGGAGGGAUGGGAGGGAUGGGAGGGAUGGGAGGGAUGGAUGGAUGGGAGGGAUGGGAGGGAUGGGAGGGAUGGAUGCAUUGCACACACAAGGAAGGUGAGACGUGA